AAAUUUGAAUAUUGAUUCUUGCUACUACUCUUGUGGCUGGAACUCAUUCUACCUACAGUUGUCGGGCUAUUUGCUUCGCCUCCUAACAAUCCCUGACCCACGCGACGACUCCAUCACGACAACGUACUAUCUUUGCGACUUUCUAUCACAUUUCUGUCGUGAAUUGUUAGAUACUGCUUUCGAAUCGAUUUCUAGCCGCUUGGCGGCUGUUUGCGAUAAGUCAUGGCCUUCCUAUUCAAAUCAAAAAAGCAUCCAGAGAGGUCGCAGCCUGCAAGUCGCGACGCAGGAUCUGGUUCUCAAGGGUCGAUACAAAGUACCAGCGCCCGUGCUUCUGAGAAGAACUCUCUCCAACAUCGCGCAACUCCAACUGGGAGCUUGAACUCAAUCGAUAAUGAAGGCAGUAAUGGGAGCCCCGAUCAUAGCCAUGGCCAUGGACAUGGACACGGGCGCCGUGGUGGGAGUGCUGACCAACCAAUCCAACAAAGCAACGAUACAACAGUACGAAAUGGCACCCCCAUGAACGGUCCCAAUGCAUCUCUAUACCCUUGGUCACAACGCCGAUUGACGUAUACUUCGACGCACCCCUCUCCAUUCCCUCGAUAUGGCGCUGCAGUGAACUCCGUGUCGUCCAAAGAAGGAGACGUGUACCUAAUGGGCGGUCUGAUUAAUGGGUCAACAGUCAAAGGCGACCUCUGGAUGAUCGAGGCUGGAGGUAAUAUGGCAUGCUACCCGUUGGCAACCACGGCUGAAGGACCUGGCCCGAGGGUUGGACACUCGAGUCUGCUUGUCGGCAAUGCGUUCAUCGUAUAUGGAGGCGACACUAAGAUCGACGAGGCUGACGUUCUUGACGAGACACUGUAUCUUUUAAACACCUCAACAAGACAAUGGUCUCGCGCUCUUCCAGCUGGGCCCCGACCCUCAGGUCGCUAUGGCCAUUCACUCAACAUUCUAGGCUCUAAAAUCUACGUCUUCGGCGGCCAGGUUGAGGGCUUGUUUAUGAAUGAUCUUUCGGCAUUUGACCUCAACCAGCUUCAGAUGCCAAAUAACCGUUGGGAAAUCUUGGUCCAGGGCGAGACAAGCCCCAAGAUGCCCGCGGCUCGUACCAACCACACUAUGAUCACAUUCAACGACAAAAUGUAUCUGUAAGUAUUAAUGUCGAACUGCAUUGAACAACACUGACACACCCAUAGCUUUGGCGGUACAAAUGGUUUCCAAUGGUUUAACGAUGUUUGGUGUUAU